AUGGGCAAAAAAGUGGUGUCUGUCACCAAGCUGGUUGCUGUGGAGGUCUAUGGCUUCACCCUCAUCAUGAAGAACAAUAUGUUUGGAGUCCUGGUAAAUGGCAUAUUAAACAACCUUCCCAUGAAUCUUAAUGAUGGAGCGGUGCUGGUUUAUCAAGAAGGAUAUAAUUAUGUUAUUGCAACCAAUUUUGGGCUGCUUGUCACUUAUGACCUGGUUUAUCAUGUGACAGUCACAGUACCUGGUAAUUAUCAAGCCAUGAAAUGCCCCAUCAACAGUCACUAUGAGGUGUGCGCUCAAGCCUGCUCUGCCUCCUGCCCUGGCCUCACAGACAUUGUCAAAUGCUCCUCCAACUGUGUGGAAGGCUGUGAAUGUGAUACUGGCUUCUUAUUCAAUGGACAGAUGUGUGUUAACGAGACUGAGUGUGGAUGCUAUGAGACUGGAAAAACUUAUAAGCCUGACGAUGUUGUGUAUGACGAAGACUGUAACAGAAAGUGCACAUGUAAUCCAGCAAAAGGCCUCAUCUGUGAAAAGUACUCCUGUCCUGAAAGCACCAAAUGCAUGGUCAAGAAAGGCAUCAGAGCAUGUUACAACACAGACCCCUGCAAAGAUAUCAAGUGUCGGGUACAGGAGACAUGCCGAGUUGAGAAGGACGUGGCCACAUGCAUCCCCAAAUACACAGGCACCUGCUGGGCCUGGGGCGACCCCCACUACCACACAUUUGAUGGUUACAACUAUGACUUCCAGGGGACCUGCAAGUACAUCAUCUCUAAGACAUGUGGUGAUCUGGAUGGUCUAGUUCCAUUUUUGAUCACUGAGAGGAAUGACAACCGAGGCAGCACAGCAGUUUCCUAUGUCAGGAAUGUAGACGUGUUUGUGUACGAGUACAGCAUCACCAUCCAGAAGAACCAAAUUGGUCAAGUCACGGUGAACGGGGAGCUGCUGAAUCUUCCUGUGCAUUUGGGUGAUGGUGAAGUGUCAGUGUUUCAAAGAGGAAACACUGCAGUGGUGGAGACAAAUUUUGGUCUGGUUGUCUCCUAUGACUGGAACUGGUACCUUGUCAUCAAGCUUCCCAGCAGCUACUACGGCAUGGUCUGUGGUCUGUGUGGCAACUUCAACGCUAAUAUUCUUGAUGAACUGCGAAAUCCAGCUGGAAAACCAGUUUCCUCCGUGAUUGAGUGGGGCAAGAGCUGGCUAGCGCCCAAACAGGACAAGGAACAUCCUUGCUGGGACACGUGUGAGAAAAACUGCCCUACCUGUGACAAUAACGAGGUUAAGCUCUAUAAAACUGAAGCUUUCUGUGGGGCUCUCACAGACAAGACCAAUGGUGUGUUCCAGAAGUGUCAUGAGAAGUUUGACCCCCAAACCUUCAUGGACAGCUGUGUGUAUGAUAUGUGUUAUAAUAAGGGGGACAAAAAGAUGCUGUGCCAGGCACUGAGCUCCUACAGUGAGAAGUGUCGUGAUGAAGGAAUAAUAAUCAAGAACUGGAGGGAAAAAUUCGGCUGUCCGAUGAACUGUGAGCCUCACAGCCACUAUGAAGACUGCGCCAGCCCAUGCCAGCCAUCCUGCCCGUUCACUGACCAAAAACAGGGUCGCUACUACAAACCAGGACAGCAGUUCUGGGCUGAUGAGGCCUGCCAUCGCCUGUGCGAGUGUGAUAUGACCCUGGGCAUGGUGGCAUGCCACGAGGCUUCUUGCUCUACCAAAGAGCAGUGUACUGUAGUGGAUGGAGAGCGAGCCUGCCGACCCAUUAGUUACGCCACUUGCGCAGCCUCGGGUGAUCCACACUACCGCACUUUUGAUGGCCGCAGGUAUGAUUUCCAAGGCACGUGUGUAUAUCAGCUGGUGGGGCUUUGCUCUCAGAAACCUGGGCUGGUGCCAUUCAAGGUGACUGUGCAGAAUGACCACCGGGGAAGCAAGGCUGUGUCCUACACGACAACUGUCAAAUUUUCCAUUUAUAACAUCACUCUCACCAUAAGUAGAAAUUACCCUUACAAGGUCUUGCUCAAUGACCAGCUUGUUUUGUUGCCGCUGGAUUACAAUAAAGAGCUGCUUGUGUCCCUCAGCGGCUGGACAGCUGUAGUGGAGACAGCUGCUGGUAUCACAGUGACCUUUGACUGGUAUAGCACGGUGACAGUUACUCUGCCAAGCACCUACCAGGAUGCAGUCUGUGGCCUGUGUGGUAACUACAAUGAAAAAGCACAAGAUGACCUGACGAUGCCCAAUGGCAAGAUCGCUUCUGAUGGGAGAGAGCUGGGGGAGAGCUGGCAGGUGGCCCUUGUACCAGGCUGCUCAUCAGUCUGCCAAGGGCCGUGGUGCCAGGCCUGUUCAGACUCCGAGAAGAAAGUGUACCAAGCCAACAAGUACUGUGGUAUUAUUGUAGAUAAGGCAGGGCCCUUUAGAGAUUGCCAUAGCCGUGUGGACCCAGCUCCUUACAUGGAGGACUGUGUUUAUGAUGUUUGUCAUUAUCGUGGGCACUAUGGAUCAGUGUGUGAUGCUGUGAAAGUGUAUGCCUCUGCCUGCCAGAGCAUUGGAGUCACCAUCUACUCCUGGAGAACAGAAAGCUUUUGUCCAAUGGUGUGUCCUGCUAAGAGCCAUUACAGCCUGUGUACCACGGGUUGCCCAGCCACCUGCGCAAGCUUGACCUCCCUUGGCACCUGCCGCAGGCAUUGUUCAGAAGGCUGUGAGUGUGAUGAAGGCUACCUGCUGAGCGGGGAUAUCUGCGUACCAGUAAAAGACUGCGGGUGCUCCUAUGACGGUCGAUACUACAAAAAAGGAGAUGUCUUCUAUUCGGAAGACAAGUGUGCAGAGGAAUGCACUUGUGGAGAGAACGGGGCUGUGUCCUGCCAAAAGGCCAAGUGCCGUCCAGGAGAAAUCUGUAAGCUGGUAGAUGGAGUGAAAGGCUGCCACCCAGAGGGGCAAGGAAAAUGUGUGGCUUCUGGUGAUCCGCAUUACAUUUCCUUUGAUGGACGCAGGUUUGAUUUCCAGGGUACCUGUGUCUAUGUACUGGCCAAGGUUUGUGAUGAUGACAAAGGCCAGCUGACACCAUUCACUGUGACUCAGGGGAAUGAGAAGUAUGGAAAUGGAAAGGUGGCUGUAACCAAGUCAGUGGCGGUGUCAGUCUAUGGUUAUGUCAUUUACAUCCAGCAGAAAAUGCCAUGGAAAGUCUUUGUGGAUGAUGAGCUCCUAAACCUUCCUCUGUCCCUGGAGAACGGGCGUCUAAGAGUCACGCAGGAAGGUCGCAACAUAAUUGUCCGAACAGCCUUUGGACUGACAGUCCUCUAUGACACCGUGUACUAUGUUGAAGUGAUCAUUCCUUCUACAUACCAGGGUAAGAUGUGUGGUCUUUGCGGAAACUACAACAAGAACAGUGGUGAUGAUUUCACACUUCCUGGUGGCAGACAGACCACAAACGUUGAUGACUUUGGGAAGGCAUGGGUGGUGGACCUGCCUGGGUAUGUGUGUGGUGGCUGUGGAGGACAGUGCCCACAAUGUGAGCAGGCCAAGGCUGUUUUAUAUGGAAAACCCAACUCCUGCGGCAUCAUAAGUGCACCUAAUGGGCCUUUCAAAGUGUGCCACAGCAAAAUUAACCCAGCAGCAUAUGUGUCGGAUUGCGUGUUUGAUGUUUGUGCUGUGGGGGGCAACAAAGACACUCUGUGUAACAGUGUGCAGGCUUACGCUUUGGCCUGCCAGAGCGCAGGAGUUCAAAUCCAGCCAUGGAGGAACAGCUCUUUCUGCCCGGCUUCCUGCCCUCCACACAGUCACUAUGAGAUGUGCGCCGACACCUGUGGUGGGACGUGUGCCAGCUUUAUUAACCCGUUUGCUUGUUCUGAAAGCUGUUUUGAAGGAUGCCAGUGUGAUGAUGGCUUUGUUUUUGAUGGUGUCCAGUGUGUUCCCCUGAACAACUGUGGGUGUGUGUACAACGGCAGAUACCUGAUGCUGGGCCAAGAAGUGGUGGACCAAGACUGCAAGUCUAAGUGUGUGUGCCAGGCCUCUGGGCUGGUAAAGUGUGAAAAGCUGUCCUGUGCCAGUGGGGAGGUUUGUGACGUAAGAGAUGGGGUCAGGGGUUGCCACAUCAAGCAGGCCCAAUGUGUCGUCAGCCACGAUGGACAUCUGAAUUCCUUUGAUGGCAUGUCUGGAGCGAUAAAAGCAAUAGGGGCAUUUGAAGUGGCGUCUCUGUGUGAUGAGAGUGCUGAGCUGUGGUUCCGUGUGGUCGUGGACGUUAGGGUCUGCAAAACGGGGGCAUCUCCCGCUGUUGCCGCUGUGUAUGUGUUUUUCAAAGAAACCACUGUGGCAGUGAACAGCGAGCGUGUCACCUGGGUAAAUGGCAGGAAAGUGUCUCUCCCCAGCAAAGUGACAGGCGAACUAUCGGUCCAGAUCUCAGAGAGGGGCUUGAUCAUUGAGAGGGCAUCUGCUGUGCGGGUCACUUACUCUAUUUUACAGGAGGUCACCGUCAUUAUUGACAGUCACCUGUCUGGUAAAAUGUGUGGUGCCUGUGGUAACUACAAUAACAACUCUGAAGAUGACAUGAAGACAGCAGAUGGGAAAAUCACCACUGAUGUGUCUGUAGUUGUUGGCUCCUGGAGCGCUGGCGACUUUUCCAGAUGCGGCCUGUAGAGAUGCUGAUUCGGUGUUGCCAAACCCAUCUGGUUCACAGGAUGAAGAAUUUUGCUUGUUCACAGAUUUACUCAACCUACUUCAGCACUUCCUCUUGAUUCAUUGGAUAGUUUAAGUUGUUUCCUGGUAAUUUUUGCUCUGUAUUGUUUACUUUGGGGUUUGUUUGUUUGUUUGUUUGUUUUUUAAAAAAGAAGCAUGUAGCUCAUUCUUGACCAACAUCUCCAUCUAGUGGGGGAGGAAAUAAUAUCAUCUCCUCUCCAGUGAGCCCCACAGAAUAUUCUGUUGUGAGGCCUAUCUGAGACUUCAACUUUUACAAUGUUUCUGUUAUACAAAAUACAUUCUCCUUAUUUUU